UUGACGCGUAACAGGAGGGAGCAAAGUGGACUUAAGUGGAGUGGACCUCAAAGUUUCCCCCCCAUCACGAGGAACGGUUUGUUUCGUAAGGUCGGUGAAAACAACCGAAAAACAUGACCGACCUUUACGUUUCCAUGGCGGUGUGCGGCGCCGCGGUGCUCCUCAGCGAAGCCCUUCGGCGAACAGCGCGUCUUCUCCCCGGAGCUUACUGGGUUUACCUGCUGGAAGCGGCGUCCACCUUCCAGCUCUGCUGCUGCACACAUGAGCUCAAACUGCUGGGCGAAACGCUACAACUGGAGGUCUCAGUCGCCCUAACAAUCACCUACACCAUGACAAUGAUACAUUUGUUAACUUUUCGCGAGGCGACGUGCAACCCAAGCGGUGCUCUGGAGAGCGUUUGCCGCGGCCGCAGCAGCGUCAAAGCGGCAGGAAUCGUCAUUGGUUGUCAGUUUGCCGCUGGGUUCGCCGCGCAGUUCUUCGCCGCGUCCGUUUGGUCGCUGGGUCUUUCUGAAGUCCACAUUAAACACCAGAGGUUCGGGUUCCGGUGCUUUGACCCCCUCGGUGGGACUUUAAUUGAGGCAGCAGCUGUGGAGCUCGGUUGCGCUUUCUUCGUCCAAGCUGCCGCCAUGCAUGCCCACAAGCUGGACGAAACACUUCGCGCUCACUUCAUCGCUGCCGCAAUCACUGUUGCGGUUUACGCAGGUGGAAGUGUUUCCGGUGCCGUCUUCAACCCGGUCCUGGCCUUCUCCGUCCAGUUCCCCUGCAGCGGACACUCCUACCCAGAGUACUGCUUCGUGUACUGGCUCGGCCCGGUCCUCGGUGUGGCGAGCUGCGUGCUGCUGUUUGAGAAGAUCGUCCCCUUCCUCUCUGGAAAAAGCUCCAUCAGACCGGACAGACCUGCCGUGCAGAAGAAGACUCGGUGACACAGAGGAGAGGAAGUCAAAAUGUUAGUGUCUUAAGCUUUUACUCCACGUGUCUGAGUGGAAAAUAUCAGGGUGGCAUUUGUCGUAAACACUUCAAAUGACUUUAAAGCACAAGGACACAACAAACCAGCUUUAAUUAAACA